UCGGUCAGACCGGCCAUCUGUCAACUUUGUUGGUGUUGCUUUAACCUGUUUUCAGAAGUCACUCUUUUCACCUUUCAAAAUUUAAUCGUUCCUCCAAAACGUUGAAAAGUUUAAUAACUGAGAAAAGUCUUUAACCUAUCUCUGGGCUAUCUUUGAAAACAAUGGUGAUAUACAGUGUUUAUAUUGUAUCGAAGUCAGGUGGUCUCAUUUUCAACUAUGAUCACAAUAUCCCAAAAAUUGAGACAGAGAAGACGUACAGCUUUCCUUUGGAGCAUAAGUUAGUCUACCAGAACAAGCAAGUCGUUGUGGCUUUCGGGCAGAGAAACGGAGUCAAUGUUGGCCAUUUACUUCUGGCAGUAAAUGGUUUUCCAGUGAACGGGCGUACCAUCGAGGAGGACAAAAAUCCACGUGACGUGUUUGAGGUUCUAGAAAAUCCUGAAAAUUAUCCUAUUAAUCUCAAAUUUGGAAGAUCAAAGAUGUCCACGAAUGAGAAGAUUUUCUUGGCGAGCAUGUUCUAUCCGCUCUUUGCAAUAGCAAGUCAGCUGAGUCCACAACCUCGUACUUCUGGUAUUCAAAUUUUGGAAGCAGAUACAUUUCAUCUCCAUUGUUUUCAGACGUUAACAGGUGUCAAGUUUAUGCUUAUUGUGGAACCAUCUCAGACAGGAGCAGACUUACUACUGCAUCGAAUUUAUGAAUUGUAUGCUGAUUAUGCUCUGAAAAAUCCCUUCUAUUCCCUGGAAAUGCCAAUCCGUUGUGACCUCUUUGAAAGUAAUCUUCAAAAUUUACUAGAUCAAUCUGAAAAAGCUGGAAUCAGCAGUGUGUAAUCCAUUUUUAUGGCAAAGUAAUUCUAAGUGUUAUAUGUUGGGUUGUUAAAAUUAUAAAUACAGUGUAUAUAAUUAUAAGUAUGUUUUUAAAUAUAUCUUUUCUAAAAGU